GAGAGAAGAGGAGGGUGGGCAAGAUGGCGGCUACUGCGGCUGGUGUGGGCCGGCUAGAGGAAGAGGCGUUGCGGCGAAAGGAACGGCUGAAAGCCCUACGGGAAAAAACCGGGCGCAAGGACAAGGAAGACGGGGAGCCCAAGACCAAGCAGCUCAGAGAAGGGGAGGAGGAAGGCGAGAAGCACAGGGAGCUCAGGCUGCGGAACUAUGUGCCCGAGGAUGAGGACCUGAAGAGGAGGAGGGUGCCCCAGGCCAAGCCAGUUGCCGUGGAAGAGAAGGUGAAGGAGCAGCUGGAGGCCGCCAAGCCCGAGCCCAUCAUCGAGGAAGUGGACCUGGCCAACCUCGCGCCCCGGAAGCCUGACUGGGACCUCAAGAGAGACGUAGCCAAGAAGCUGGAGAAGCUAGAAAAGCGGACCCAGAGGGCCAUCGCCGAGUUGAUCCGUGAGAGGCUGAAAGGCCAGGAGGACAGCCUGGCCUCUGCAGUGGACGCCACCACCGAGCCAGAGGCCUGUGACUCCGACUGAGGCACGCCGUAUCCCAGACCUAGCCUGUGGGCGGGUAGCCUUGGGUAGGGAUGGGGCCGGGCUUGCUGUUACCUCCAGUUUGGCUUCAAAGAGCCACAUUGCCUCAUCAGUCCAAAACCCUUGCCAUGGGAUGAGAACAGCUCCUUGUUUCCUAAUGGUGCCCACCAGACCGAGGGGCAGAGCCAAUAGCAACCCUGUGGGUUUGCUGUGUCUCUUCAUAUGUGUGUAUUUGGAACUUUCUUUUAUCUCUAGAAAUAGAAGCAAGCAGACCCACGUGUGUGGCAGAAACCUA